AUACAUAGGCCGAUUGACAACAAAAAGUACUACUGUAUGAUCACUGUUGUUUUAAAUGUUUUUUUGUAAUUACGUGUUGUGAACCAAGAGCCUGCAUUCGUAAUUUACAUCGUGGAGGAAAAAAUAUGAAGAGGCGAAAUGCCGAUACUGGCAAAAUGCGGCGCCCUAUAAAGCGCACAAAAAUCACCGAGGGAAUGUAUGGAAAUUCUUUGCUCUAUCUAAAGUUUGUAAUGUUAUGGGCAACAGUUGUCAUGGCUGACUAUAUGCUAGAGUUCAGAUUUGAGUUCCUUUGGCCAUUUUGGAUGAUGCUGAGAUCAGUCUAUGACUCCUUUAAAUAUCAAGGACUGGCAUUCUCAAUGUUCUUCAUCUGCAUAGCACUAACAUCAGACAUGAUAUGUUUCUUCUUUAUACCUCUGCAGUAUAUAUUCUUUGCUGCUAGUACCUAUGUAUGGGUACAGUAUGUGUGGUACACAUUCGCAGACAAGGGCAUAUGCCUGCCGACGGUAGCGAUCUGCUGCGCGGUGGUGUACCUGGAGGGCGCGCUGCGGUCGGCGCGCGAGCUGGAGCUGUGCCGGCCGCUGGCCGCGCACUGCGUGGGCUACCCGGCCGUCUCGCUGGGCUUCGGCGUCAAGGCCUACGUCGGACGCCGCCUUCGACUCCGCAGGCAGCGGCAGGUCCGCGCCGAGAACGAGUUUUACUUCCAGUUGAUGCGAGACGCGUUGCCAGAAAGCGCACUGGAGGAAAACCAGCAGGGUUUAAAAGAGGAGCGUACAGUCGCGAACGAGAGCGCCGAGUGUGCGGCCGACACGCGACAGCUCAACGGCUCGCUGCGGCGCCGCUGCGUGCGCGAGAACGGCCACUGCGAGCCCGACCACGCACAGCUACAAUUUAAGUUAGAUAAGCUAGAGAAGCAUUUAGCACAACAGAGUGCGGUGCGGGAACGCGAAAAGGCGUCGCAGCCGCAGUCACAGCCGCACACACAGACGCCUGUGCACACGCACACGCACGCGCACGCACACACGCACGCGCACACCAACGGCUCUGCGGGCGGAGCCGGUGCGCCGCAAGAAGAAGAACGACACGACCCAAAUAAAGGUAGUGCCAAGUCUUCAAAGUAUGAUAAGAAAGAGGCUAGUACAUU